AUGAGCUUUCCUGAUCUCAUUUGCGAUCCCAAUACUUCAAGCAUCUCCACCCCGAUAUUUCUUUCCUGUCACUUCCUUCUUCUACAACUCUACAGAUCAAUUUUUUCUCACCAUCAACUCUUUCCUCCGACUUCAGUCAUCAUGGAAACAACUAACUAUCUCUCGCUUCCCGCUAUUGCCGAGUUCAUCAACGCAUACGAGGAUAAACCAACCGCCGAAAAUGUCAAGAUCAUGGUGAGCGGUAUCCUCACUUACGCCUUCGAUUCGAACGAUGGCUGGGUCCUCAAGUGGCAAGACGAUGAGGAGAACGACCACUCAAACUGCUACAUCGUGAGAGCUGUCGGCGAAGACAGGAGCCUGCACACCAUGGUGAAGGUCGUUCUCGACACCUCUGCUCCAAUCGAGGAAAACUGGGAUCAAUCUGUUCCCCGCUUGCUCAGUGCUCCGCUUCCAAAUGAACGAUGCUGGGCCAUCCUCAUCCGCGGUCUCAAAGUCCGCCUGUAUGAAUACCACCGCGACCAGGAGGCCGAUCACCGACUCGUUCCCUGUGACUUCAAGGUCAAAGACAAGAUGAAGCAAACCGUCCACAUUCGCAAAAAUGCCGAGGCAGUCAACAGCAUUCUCACCGGCAUCCCUAAUCAGGUUCCCCAGCCACUUGAUGAGUGCGAACAUGGCAGCCUGACUCCAAACGACUCUGCCACCGACGAGAUAAAUGGGUCGAAGAGUUCCCUUGAUGCUACUCUCGAGAACAUCCCUGCCUCUGGUGCGUGUCUCGAGUCAUCCUCUGAGGAUCCUCCCACUGAGGCCAGCGAGGAUAAGACGCCCACCGAAGCCGAAUCUGUCACCGAGCAUUACGCCGCCGCCCAGGCCAAGACAGCAACCCAGGUCGAUACUACGACUUCUCAGACCAAGCGUACUACCGAGGCCAAUGGAACCCAGGCCAAAAUUACUCCUCAAGCCAAGAUUACUCCCCAAGCCAAGGCUGCUAUUCUAGCCAAGGCUGCUGGUGGGCUCAGGAGUGCUGCUCCGGCCAACGUUGCUUCUCAGGUUAAGCCUGCUGCUGGAGUCAAGACUGCUGCUCAAGCUAAGGCUGCUCUUCUAGCCAAGGGUGUUGGUGGGAUGAAGCUCACUCCCAAGGCGAAGCUUGCGACUGGUAUUGAGGCAGCGGGACAGACAGCCACAGACUAG